AUGCUAGCAAUUUGGUCCCGGGCAACAGUAAACCCGGGAUCCUGCAGGUGCAUGUCAUGCGCCUCCAACACAGUCGUCCGCGCACGCACAAACAGUCCAGCGCCCUUUCGUCGCUCGUGGUCUACACCCGGAACACCCACAUCAACUUUCCUAUACACAGCCAUUUUUGCCGCAGGGCUGACUGUUGAUGCAAAGGCCAAAGCGGCCAGGAACACGCAAUGGGAGCAGGUAUUCGACAAACUGAACGAGCCCAUCGAUGCUCAGAGUCCAGUCGACAGAGACACGAAGCCAAACGUGACGAGUGCUCACCCCUACGAGCAUUCUGAAAUCUGUGGCCUGUCAUUUGACGACCUCCCUCAAGAUCUUGACUGGGCUGCUGUGCAGAGGACCAUAGGCAUGGACCUUGUUGAAGAUCAAGUCUUGCAGACGCAAGAGGUUGAGUCACAGAUUCGCGAUUAUGCAGACAUGGCAUGGGAUGACUUACGCUUUGAUUCGAGAUUCCCCGGCGCCCAGCUGCUCGAAUGGCCGGCAAAUACAGGCCCGGAUCUCGUGCGCUACAACCUUCCGCCUCAGUCACUAUGGGCACCAGAUGCCUUGCGUCUGAACGCCAUGCGGAGACGGCAUACUCGGAAGAAGCUGGCCAUACAGGAGCUUUCCAUUGCAGUUCUUAUCCAUGAAUUGCUACACCAAGCUAGUGUUUUCCGCUUUUUGAACACUGCGAGUGACGAAUUGAACAAGCUGGCACCACAGAUCCUAAAAGUUGUUAGCAUGACCGAAGUCGAACGCAAAGAAGCACGUUUAGAGAUUUUAGAUGCACUUGAGAAACUCUACAAGACUCGUGUAGACAGUCCUGCCGAAGACUUUGCAACUGCCCGCAUCCGGGUCAAUCCCCUAGCAAUUCCGAGCUAUCACCAGGACGCCGAUGGCGACUUUUAUGGCAUUACAAAGCAGUUGAAUGAUGGUCUCAAAACCUUGCUUCGCGAAACACCCCGCGGCAACGAUCGGAAGGCGGCCCUCGCUGUCGCAAGAAUAUGCCACAAUCUCCUCAUUUCCUCCGCUUCUCCGGAUCUGCAGACAUUCAAUACCCUGCUGGUAGGCUUUAGACGCUGGCGUCGCAGGGAGCUAGUUGAGCGCGUCAUACCUGCACUUUACGCCAACAAGAUACGACCUAAUGAGAUCACCUGUCGCGAGAUUCUGGAUCAUUACACGCUAGGAGGACACUCAGCAGCUGCCAGCUUCUCACGCUUUGUAGCCAAGAUGAGGGGCUUGGAAGAUGCCCUCAUGCUUGCAAAUCCAGAUGUCAGCAUUAAUGAGGCCAGCCAAGAUCGCCUCAUCCGCGUCAGCCCAGAAAAGGUUCUUCAAAAGGUUCAUCCAACGCCCAUGGUGUUUGGUGCGCUCAUAGGUGGUGUCAUCAAGUUUGCUGGUUUUGAUCGAGCUCUAGACAUCUAUUACGAGAUGAAGGCAGAUGGCUGGGGUCUUGACGUGCGAGGACUAACCAGAUUGUUGGGCGAUUGUGUACGCCGAGCUGAUUGGGAAGGUGGCUUAUACGUGUGGGAAGAGAUCAACGGUAUCAAGACACGCGUGAAGCAUCACGAUAUGGCGAAAGCGUACAGUCACAUGCUCAGCUUGUGUUCCAUCACUGGCAACACCGUUGCCUUCAAUCAGAUCUUGAACGAUCUAGCCAGGGGAGGGUUUGAUCGCAAGCUCAUCAUUGAUGCGGCUACACGAACGACGAGCUUAGCAAAGCGCAAGAACGAAUAUUUGGCUCCGGCUUGGGUUGCCGAUAAUGUCAUGAUUGCUGUGUCGCAAUAUGUCCAGGACGCCAAACCCUCUGGGCCAGAGGUCGCGCCAGAUGUGAUCGAUACUGAUGACGCAGCGCUCUCACAAGACGAGUUCGAUACUUUCGGAGAUAUUGAGCAUAAUACGGCCGAUACCAAAGAAGCAUGGGCAUCUUGGGUCGAACAUGAGUUCGGCGUGAGGCCAAAAGAGCCAGAGCCAUGA